AUGCGGAAAAUUAAGAGGGAUGGUGGUGAUCUCACAAGAAGCUUGCAUGGGAACAAAAGAGCUAAGAGUGUGGUGACGACCUCGAAAGAAUCUUGCUUAGAAAUACGAGAGCCAAUCCAGAUCUCAGGUGACUUAGAUGGGGACUCAAAUCAAGAUGUCUUGACUGAGCUCAGUGAUGAAGUUAAAUCAAAUUUGUCGAAAAGUGUUGCCUCACUUGCUGUGUGCAGUGGGGACACAGUGUUAUUUGCAUGCUCAGGCUUAGCUAUAGAACGCCACGUAUAUGUUACAAGGUUUGUGACUUCAGCAGAAUUGGCUCUAGUUUUCAACAAUGAAAAAUACAAAGAAAAACGUCACAACGUAAAGAUUGAAGUGCGCCAUGAAGGCAGCGAAGUUUACCAGGGUUUUCUGGCAACCUAUGAUGUAGAUUACAACUAUUCUGUUGUCAAGGUCAAGACCUUCCUGGAUGUUAAUGUUGGACUUAUUGAACAUGCGGUAGGGAUUCUGCCUGAUGGUAAGGUGGUAGCUCUAGGGCGUGGCACCUGUGGUGAACUAAUGGCAAGAAGUGUGAUGCUGGCUGACGAUCUGAGUGUGUGUGAAGAUAUUAAAGAUCCUGUGUCGUCUAUGCUUAAUAUUACAAAGGCUUGGCAAGGUGGGCCACUUUUUUCUUUUGAUGGGAACUUUGUUGGCAUGAACCUUUUUCUCAUUAUGGAAAGAGCUUUUUUCCUACCAUGGGGUGUACUGCUCAAGCGGGUAUAUAACUUUCGGACACCCCUAGAAAGCAAGAAAGGUUUUCCACCGUCAGAAACUAUGAAGGGAGUCAGCUUUGGAGAAAGACCCAGAGAUGAGAUAUCGAACUGCUAUCAAGACGUAUAUAGAGAUGGUCUCAACAAGAAACUGUUUGGGGAUCUAGACUUAAUGGGUUACCCCAAGCUACCAAUAACUAUGCUUGAUGAUGGCAUGAUUUUGGUUAAUACUUUUGAAGAGACCUUUGGUGACGUAUGGGGUGAAGGUGUCUGGAGGGAACUUGGUAAAAAAGCUUCUGAGAUAAGUCGCAAUGUUGUCGCACUUGCUUCCUUCAAUGGAAAAAAUAUGGUUUUUGCAUGCACGGGUUUUUUUAUUCCAUGGAAUGGGUCAACAGCCAUUCUGACAUCAGCUAGCCUGAUUAGAAAUGAUGGUGCUGAAAACAAGAUUGUUGAAAACUUGAGGUUUGAAGUAUUUCUUCCAAACGAACAAGUCAGAAGAGGGACCUUGAAGCAUUACAGUCUACAUUACAAUGUUGCUCUACUCGGUGUCGAAGAUAGCCGUGUUGUCCGACCACCAAAAAUUCAGCUUGAUUGUAGCAAGUCUCGAGUAGCAGCCAUAGGGCGUUGCUUCAGAUCAGGCACAUUAAUGGCCGCAAGUGGUCAGCUGGUUUCCUGGUCAGGCAGACUUGAUUGCAAGUUCGUUGUACGCUCGUCAUGUAAAAUCGCUAAGGCUGGGAUUGGAGGACCCCUUGUUAAUAUGGACGGAGAAGUUAUUGGCAUGAACUUCUAUUCAGAGAAAAUAGGAACCCCUUUCCUGUUAUGGAAUAAUAUUGGCAACAUUUUGGCAUAUUUUAAGGAGAAAAGCGAUGCUGAUGAAGUUGCCAAGGACAGUGGUUCCUCUUUCUGGAAAAUGAAUGGGGACCGCAGGUUUCGGUUAAACAGGUCAUAUUUCCUUCAGUCGCCCCCAAGUGCCCCGCAGCGCGCCGGGUUCGGCCUGGGUCCGCCGGCGUCAAUUUCGGUCCGAGCCGGCAAAACAUGGGCCUUUGGGGGCGCGAUUGGGCCGUUUUUUUGGUGUCGUCGUGAAAAAAAACGCCUGGGGAGGCCGUUCUGGGGGCGCGGCUGGAGAUGCUCUUAG